UCUUCCGGGUGGGGCCCCGGGCCGAGGCGAUGGCGCCCUGGGCGCUCCUCAGCUCUGGUGUCCUGGUGCGGACUGGGCACACCGUGCUGACCUGGGGAAUCACGCUGGUGCUCUUCCUGCAUGAUACCGAGCUGCGACAAUGGGAAGAGCAGGGGGAGCUGCUCCUGCCUCUCACCUUCCUACUCCUGGUGCUGGGCUCCUUGCUGCUCUACCUGGCUGUGUCACUCAUGGACCCAGGAUAUGUGAAUGUUCAGCCCCAGCCCCAGGAGGACCCUAAGGAGGAACAGAUGGCCAUGGUUCCUCAGGCCAUCCCUCUACGGCGCUGCAGAUACUGCCUGGUGUUGCAGCCCCUGCGAGCCCGGCACUGCCGUGAGUGCCGCCGCUGCGUCCGCCGCUAUGACCACCACUGCCCCUGGAUGGAGAACUGUGUGGGGGAGCGCAACCACCCGUUCUUUGUGGUCUACCUGGCACUGCAGCUGGUGGUGCUUCUGUGGGGCCUCUACCUGGCAUGGUCAGGCCUCCGGUUUUUCCAGCCCUGGGGGCUGUGGUUGCGGUCCAGUGGGCUCCUAUUCAUCACCUUCUUGCUGCUGUCUUUCUUUGCACUGAUUGCUGGCCUGCUCCUGGCCUCACACCUCUACCUGGUAGCCAGCAACACCACAACCUGGGAGUUCAUCUCCUCACACCGCAUAGCCUACCUCCGCCAGCGCUCCAGCAACCCCUUUGACCGUGGCCUGAUCCGCAACCUCGCCCGCUUCUUCUGUGGAUGGCCCUCGGGGUCCUGGGAGACCCUCUGGGCUGAGGAUGAAGAGGAGAGCAGCAGCCAGGUUGUUUAGGCUUGCUGGGUACAGGGCGGCUAUCUUGUGCCUGCAAACCAGAGGGGCUGCACCUGCCAGGUCAGCCCUCGGGGACCUGGGGCAGCUCACUCCUGCCCUUCUCCUGGGCCUCAGAGCAGGUCUUCAAGACAGAAUCCCUGCUUCAGGGGGCAGCUCUACCUUCAAAAGGAAGAAGGGAAGAGGACCUGUGGGGAACACAGGCCCAAACAGACCCUGUGCUCCUUGAUGCCCCAGGCCAGGAUGCCUCCAAGCACAAUUUUCAAGUUUAAUCAUACAUAAAACAAGUAUUAAAAAGAAAACCAAA